AUGAACCUUCCAUCAUUAACAUCGGAUAGUAUAUUAAUUUUAUUGCUUUCUUUACAACGUAUUUGUCGUAAUUUAUCUGAUAUACUUAAUGUAUUGGAAGUCGAUGUUGAUUCAUUUCGACGCUUAAUAACAGAAUUUCCGUCAUCGACUCCUGAAUCAUUAUUUUCAUCGAAUAUUGAAGAACAACAAGAAGAAGAAAAUAAUAAUUACGAAUUAGAAGAAAAAGAAGAUUUUUAUGAACAAUUAUUUGAUGAACAACUUGAACCAAAACCAUUACGUGUUACAACGCUUUAA